UUGAUUUUGAUACACCUAUGAGAAUAUAGAAUCUGGUUGUAUUUAGACAGCUCUAAAUUGAGCGUAGCUGCAUUGGAUUACGUGAGAUUCGAAAUGACCUCAGACAACUACGAGUAUAUAUAUAUAUAUAUACAUCUACAUCUAAAACUGGUGCUAUAGCUUCCGCAUGCUCUCUAAGCGCACUAGUAUUCCAUAUUCCGCUGCGAGUAAUUGUAUAUACGCGAUAUGUCUUUAUUGUGGCUUACCACGUUUUGUAAUAAGCGUAAUUCUAUAUAUGCUCACAUACAUAUGCUGGCAAAUCUGUGGCACCGAACCGAACCAAACCCACCAAACACAACCCAGCCAUGCAUCCACCGCCCACAUUAACGAUGCGAUUCUUGAGCGACUCUUUGACGCGAAUCCUCAGCUCGAAAAGGAAGCCAGCGAAGUGCGUGUCUUGCAUUUUUGCUGCCUCACUGAGUUUUUGGAAGCCAAUCCACACAGUCUCCAGCAAGUUGUUAGUCUCGAGGGUUCACUGUGGCACAGUUGCUUAGCCCUCACGCCUCAUUGGCCCGUUUUAGAUGAUCGUCACUGUUGCUGCUCAUGUCAGAUCAAUUGCACGGCCUUGAGCCGAAUGACAAUCGGCUGUGCAAUUGGGGAGCAAGUACGUCAUGUGCUGCUGGCUGCAACAGGCGCAUUCAUUAUGCAGCUGCUGCUGAUGCUUCUGCUGGCCAAGAUCGCUGCAGACAGGCGCUGGCUUUGUGCCGCAAACGAUUGAUAAGCAGCCGUCUUGGGAUUGGGCUGGCACAUUCAACAGCAGCGGCUCCAGUGCACA